GAUGCGCUCUCUACCUACCCAGCUACCUUCCCCAAGAACUCCACACGCAUCACCAUGGCAACAUCACUCUCUCUACCUACCCAGCUACCUUCCCCAAGAACUCCACACGCAUCACCAUGGCAACAUCACUCUCUCUACCUGCCCAGCUACCUUCCCCAAGAACUCCACACGCAUCACCAUGGCAACAUCACUCUCUCUAACUACCCAGCUACCUUCCCCAAGAACUCCACACGCAUCACCAUGGCAACAUCACUCUCUCUACCUACCCAGCUACCUUCCCCAAGAACUCCACACGCAUCACCAUGGCAACAUCACUCUCUACCUGCCCAGCUACCUUCCCCAAGAACUCCACACACAUCACCAUGGCAACAUCACUCUCUCUACCUGCCCAGCUACCUUCCCCAAGAACUCCACACGCAUCACCAUGGCAACAUCACUCUCUCUACCUACCCAGCUACCUUCCCCAAGAACUCCACACGCAUCACCAUGGCAACAUCACUCUCUCUACCUGCCCAGCUACCUUCCCCAAGAACUCCACACGCAUCACCAUGGCAACAUCACUCUCUCUACCUGCCCAGCUACCUUCCCCAAGAACUCCACACGCAUCACCAUGGCAACAUCACUCUCUCUACCUACCCAGCUACCUUCCCCAAGAACUCCACACGCAUCACCAUGGCAACAUCACUCUCUCUUCCUGCCCAGCUACCUUCCCCAAGAAACUCCACACGCAUCACCAUGGCAACAUCACUCUCUCUACCUACCCAGCUACCUUCCCCAAGAACUCCACACGCAUCACCAUGGCAACAUCACUCUCUACCUACCCAGCUACCUUCCCCAAGAACUCCACACGCAUCACCAUGGCAACAUCACUCUCUCUACCUACCCAGCUACCUUCCCCAAGAACUCCACACGCAUCACCAUGGCAACAUCACUCUCUCUACCUACCCAGCUACCUUCCCCAAGAACUCCACACGCAUCACCAUGGCAACAUCACUCUCUCUACCUGCCCAGCUACCUUCCCCAAGAACUCCACACGCAUCACCAUGGCAACAUCACUCUCUCUACCUACCCAGCUACCUUCCCCAAGAACUCCACACGCAUCACCAUGGCAACAUCACUCUCUCUGCAUACCCCGGAGGAAUAG